GAUGAUUUCUUUUCACGUGUGUUGUUGACGACGAAAUCUGUUUUGACAAAAAAUAAAUAAAAACUAUCACAAUGGCAAAAUCUAUGAGAAGCAGAUGGAAGCGAAAAUGUAGAGCGGUAAAGCGCGAACGUUAUGCCGUAAAAGAACUUGCCAGGCUAAAGAAGAUGUUGGGUGUAAAAGAAGAAAAAGUAACGGAAAGUGAGGUUAUGGAGUCUGAUCAAGUUAUAUUUCUCGACGCCGGAGAAAUUGGUAAGAAAAAGAAGAAGAAGAAGGUAGAGGAACCUAAACCUACACCAGAGGAGGAGGAAGAUGUACAAAUGAGUUCGGAUGAUGAAAAAAUCGAGGUCGACGGAGAGGAUGGCAAGAAGAGGAUUUUCAGUUCAAAAACAUUAAAGGACCAGAACGGACAGUAUCCGGUGUGGUUACACAAAAGAAAGAUCAAAAAAUUGACGACAAACAGAAAGAACAUGAAGAAUAAGAGAAAGACUAAGAAAAGAAAACAGUGAUACAUUGGUAUAAUUUUUGGUAAAGGUGUAAGUUUUGAAUGCUGCUGCCUAUUUUUUACAUUUGUAUUGGCAAGGGAUUGACUGCCAUCACACCUGAUGGAAUGCGAUCAGGGUUCCCAACUUAGGGGUUUUCCCCCCAGAUUUAGGGAGCAAAUAGUGAAAUGGGAUUUUUUAGGGGUAUAUUUAGGGAUUUUUUGACUCUUUAAUAUUUCUAAAUUGAUGAUUAUUUUAAUAUCUCUUUAUUGACCUAGCAACUUUUAACAAUAUAUAAUAUGUUAUUCUACAACCACUCUGAGGCAACUGGCGGCAAUUAUUAUUAAUUUAUAUUUUUUAGGGGGACAACUCAAUAAUUAAGGCGAUUUCAGGGGUUUUUGACACAAACUUAUGACGGCCGCGUGGCUCAGUGGGUAGUGACCCUGCUUUCUGCAUCCACGGCCGUGGGUUCGAUUCCCACUACUGGAAAAUAUUUGUGUGAAGAGCAUGGGUUUUUUCCAGUGUCUUGUGUGUAUUUAUACAUUAUAUAAGUAUCUAUGUGCAGUAUAUAAAUGUAUAUGAAUAUUAUAAUAUCAACUAUCUUAGUACCCAUAACACAAGCUGCUCUGUAUGCUUACUUUGGGGCUAGAUAGUGAUGUGUAUUGUUUAAGUUUGUUUAUUUAUAAUAACUUAGGGAUAAAUAUUUUGGAGAGUUGGUAACACUGAAUGGGAUGAUUCAUCACGCUUGCCUGGAAGGUGCCUAUUCGCUCUUUAAGUUCAAGAUGAUUAAUAGCCUCAAUAGCUCAACGGUAAGAGCGGUCGGACUCAUCACCGAGGGGUGGUGGUUCGAUCCCCGCUCUGUUAGUCUAUUGGCUCUUUGUCCCUACAUUUUGAUAGAAGCAGCACAUUCAAAACCUCACCCUCAUUAGAUGUUUAAGUUUUACUUAUAUAUAAAGAGUUACAUUAAUAAAAAAAAACAACACAUGA